AUGCAGACUAGAUCGCAAGGACGGUCCAUCCAGCAGCACGCACCGCACCAGCAGCAACUCCACCAACAACAACAACAAUAUCCACAGCACACCCAGCACGAGCAAGAACAAUACCAAAGUCGAAGACCAAACUACCCUCAAGCAACAACAACCACCACCACCACCCAAUCCGUCCCAACCUCCCCCUCCUCCUCGCUCUUCAACAGCUCCAGCAGCAUCUCCUCCAUGUCCUCCAUCACCGCCCCCUCAGCAGCAACAACAGACUCCUCUCCCACAAUGUACCAGCAGCAACCUCCCCAGCAAUCACAGCCCUUCAUCUCCGCCCCGCUGCCCUCCCCCUCCACCAACCAGCCGGCAACCUACUUCGCCUCCCUCGCCCCGCAACAACCGCCUUCCCAACGCCGGCAAGAUAAUCGCUUCGUAGGGCAAAGAGGCGGCGACGGCGGCAUCCCCGAGACGGCGCCGUUCCUGCAUGACUUCAACCUCGUCGCGGAAGCGGCGAAGCGCGCGCAGAUGGCGUGUCUGGCGCGGGAUCUGGGGGAUGUCGGGCUAUAG